AUGAUACGCUGGAGUAUUGUUCAUGCGAUAGUCUGUUUGACUACGACUGUCCUCGCAGUUCAUCAAGCAGACAUGUCCAAACUAGAAAACUCUGCUCAGAGAAGAGCUGAAAAUUUACAUCAUCUAGAUACAAUAGUUCUGUUAACUUAUAUAACAGUCAUGGUUGUUAUUGUGCUGACGGCUUGGUUCUUCAAACAUCGCCGUUUCCCAUUUAUUCAUGAGUCCGGUUUGACACUCAUAUAUGGAUUACUCAUUGGUAUGGUCAUUAAGUAUUUCAAUAUUGGUUUACUAGAAUCCCAAACAUUCGAUGUUAUCCUGAAAAACAGUACAAUUGUUUCGGAACCACCAGAUUAUUUGAGAUUGGAAGUGAAACCUGAUGGAGGGCAAAAAGUUUCAUUCCACUACGAAUUGAUUGAAGGCUUUUUCGCUGACACGAAAAAACAUAAUGAGCAUAAGAUAGAGCAGAAGAGCACGUUUUCCCCUGAGAUCUUUUUCAACAUUCUUCUCCCACCCAUCAUUUUUAACGCGGGAUACAGUCUGAAAAAAAGAAACUUUUUCCGAAACAUCGGUAGCAUUUUGGCGUUUGUUUUCGUUGGUACGACGAUAUCAUGCUUAGCUACAGGUAUCAUCAUGUUAGUUCUCACGAAAAUGUUCGGAAUGGGAUACUCCUUCCAAGAACUUUUGUUCUUCGGUGCCGUUAUUUCAGCUACUGAUCCAGUAACGGUGAUCUCAAUUUUUUCGGAAAUGAAAGUUGAAGCUGAUCUCUUCGCUCUCGUCUUCGGUGAGAGCGCUCUUAAUGAUGCUGUCGCUAUUGUUCUAUCCAACAUAAUCGACAACUUCACCACCGGCUCUAGUAUUAUAAGUUGGUCUGAAAUGGCUUCCAUACUCUGGCUUUUCUUCUCUACAUUCGUUGGAUCUCUUCUUCUCGGUUCUGGAAUAGGAUGCGCAAACGCUUUGAUGACAAAAAUGACAAACAUAGCAGACUAUCCUUUAUUGGAAAGCUCCCUAUUUGUGUUAGUCUCAUAUCUUUCUUUCCUGAUUGGCGAAGUUGCUGGGUUCACAGGCAUAGUUGCUGUUCUGUUUUGCGGAAUCGCUCAAGCUCAUUAUACUUUUAACAACCUUUCAAGAGAGUCACAAGCAUCAUCUAAAAACUUCUUCCAGAUGAUUGCCUUUGUUCUUGAAAGCUUCAUAUUUUGUUACAUCGGAGUAAGUGUUGUAGCAGGAAAUCAACAGAAAUGGAGUCUGGCGUUUAUCUUCUUUGCAUUAAUCGCUAUUGUGGUAGCCAGGGCGUUAUUCGUUUAUCCUCUCUGUACUCUGAUUAAUAUAACCAGAAGACCAAUCAUUCCUCGCAGGUAUCAACAUAUGAUUGUAUUUUCUGGUCUCAGAGGAGCUAUGGCUUUUGCUUUGUCUGCUCGUAACACAGCAACUGAACAUCGGCAGGUCAUAUCUUCAACCACUUCAACCAUAGUUUUGAUAACUGUGUUCUUGAACGGCGGCUUAGCUUCUUGGAUGAUUGAUUUCUUGGGGAUAAAGCAUGGGGAGGCCGCUUCCAACAGUCGAACGAACACUGUUAGUGACGACGGGAAUGGCAUUCGAUUACCAAAUACGUCUGAUUGCGAUGAUGUGCAGAUUGUGGAAACUCCCUUGACUCCUCAUGGACCAUCAGGCUCUAAUCCAUGGGACAAAGCCUUCCUACCAAGGAAAUGGUAUAAUUUUGAUUCGAGCUUCAUGAAACCUUUGCUGACUCAUGCGACUCCAUCUUUGGAACAAACUUUACCUCCGUGCUGCUAUCCUCUCGCCAAAGUUUUCACCUCUGAAAGACAAAGAUCGCCUACCAUGACUGUAACUUCUUCAACGGAGUUGUUCGCAGUCGCUCCAUCCACGGAAGUGCGAUACAUCGUGUCCGAUAAUAAUUCCGCAAACGCCUUAUAA